AUGAAAUGUUUUUAAUAAUUAGAUGAACUUAAAAGUAGAAAUAAAGAUCUCGAGGGCUAGAUUGCGAACUUAAAAAAAGAAAAUACUAGUCUAGAAAAUGAAAAAUAAAAGAAUAAAGUUCUAGAAGAAAAAAUAAGAGAGUUAUAAUGGAAAAUAGAAAGACAAAAAAACUAGCCUCUUCCAACUCUGAAGAGAGUAAUGGAUUCAGAUGAAGACUAUAUACAAGAAAUUAAUAAUAUCAACCUAAAGUAAGAAAAUAAAAUAUUAAAAGAGAGAAUAAGUUCUCUAGAAUAUGAUUUAAAACUAGCCUACAGUUAAUCCAAGCAAGGUAUUAAAUCAGUUGUUCCAACAUCAUAACUAGAAAUAGAGAAUAGAAAACUUGUCAAUCUGUUAGACGAGCUGCAGAGAUAAAAUGUUGAUCUCACUGAUAAAUUGAUGUUUUCUUAAACAUAUAAAGAUAAAUACAAUUAAUUAUUGACAGAAAAUUAAGCUUUAAAAUAAUAAAUCUAAGAUAACCGCAUAUCAAAUAAAUUCUUCGGGUGUUUUUGCUGA